UCAUACGGCUAGCAGCAAGUUGCUAGCUGGCUAUCGUCAGACAUGUACUUUGCCACACUGCUCUGAUGAUCAGAGACUGAAUAUCAGAUCAGAGAUUGCUCAGUCAGAUGAGAGAAAAGGACUUUGUCUUCAUGCAAGCAACGUUGCAAUGAUGCCAUAUGGAAUCGCUCUGUCUCUUGUGGAAACCUAUGGUGGAAACUCAGAUGCCGCUCAGUGGAUAACAUGGAAAUAAUUGUGCUAACGUUAACGUCCAUGAUCCUUGACGAAUAUAGACUUCGUAAUGAAGCCAGAGACUCUAUAAUGAAGCCAGAGACUUUAUAAUGACUCUAUGGACUUGGGUGGUUACACCACUGCUUGUAAUUCCAUACAAGAUCUUAGAAGUACAACAAAAUUGAGGUUAACGUUAUAGCUGCUUGGUCUACGAAAACCAUAACAUGGAAGUAGCAGUUCAGAGGAUACCAAGUGUCCUUAACGUUAUAGUAUUGGUGAUAUGGUGCAAUAUCAAUGCCUUGGUUUGUGGUUUUGAGAUGAAAACAAUUUAUUGCAAGAUCUCAGACAAUUGCGAAUGUGACUACAAACCGAAUAUACAAGGGCUAGAAUGGGAUCUCUACAGGAACUUGUAUGGGCAGCAUCUGGCUCAGGACAUUGUUUCAGAAGGAGUAUCACAUUUUCUAUCAAAGGAAACUCCCGACCGACCCCUGGUUCUCUCCUUCCAUGGUGCAUCAGGAACAGGCAAGAGCCUUGUCAGUUCAAUGCUGGCGAGACAUCUGUAUGGCACGGCCAUGGGUAGCCCCUACAUCCACCAGUUUGUGCCAACUCUCCACUUCCCUUUACCUGAGAAGCUGUAUCAGUACAGGUUUAACCUAAAACGCUGGAUAGAGGGGAACCUCACUACCUGCGCACGCUCCAUCUUUAUUUUUGACGAGAUGGAGAGGAUGCCCUCUGGGUUGAUUGAUGUUAUUGAGCCCUUUCUUGGCCCAUCACAUGUCGUCUACCAAACCAAUUAUCGCAAAGCCAUCUAUGUUUUUAUCAGCUCUACAGGGCAGGAGGUUAUUAACAGUGUUGCCAUGGAGAUGCGCAAGGCGGGCCGUGACAGAGAGGAGAUACAACUGCAGGACCUGAUGGAGCCCCUCGCUGAUGCCGCCUUCAACACGAACAACACUGGCUUCUACCAAUCCAGGAUCAUUUCUCAGAAGUUGAUCAGCAGCUUCGUGCCUUUCCUGCCAUUGUGCCAGCACCAUGUGAAGCGCUGUGCCCAGCGGGAGUUGUGCCAGCGAGGGGAAUGCCACCGCGUGGACGUGGCUGAGGAGGUGAGCAGAGCCAUAUGUCCAACAUCCAGUGAACAACACCGGUUUUCCAGCACAGGUUGCAAACAGGUGCCUGCCAAAGUGAAUGUCUACCUGUGAGAACUCAAUGAGUGUAAGGAAUGGACAAGCCUCAAGCCCCGAGGUUCGCUCAUCUGUGAGACCGCUGUAAUCCUUUUGGAGUGUUUGGAGUAGGGUGAUAAGGCAGUCUGAAUGUGGAUGUACUGUAUACGCUGGAUUGAAAGUGAUGGGUGAGAUGAGGUCAGAUCCCUACGGAAUUAUCACCUCAUCUCAUCUGUGCUUCACAACGUCAUGGACCGCUAUGAGAGGAGUCCCCACAAUGCAUCUCAGUAUAUUAUGGACACAGAGGAGACGGUGGCCUGAAAUCAUUCUAAAAGACAAAACUGUGGUCCUUUGGAGCAGUGUCCAGUGGGGUUCAGACAGAGUUUCCCACCCAAACCAUAGGUUUUACAAAAGGCAGAACUCUCAGUCGUAUUAAGGGCUGCCAAAGCUCUUUAUUUAUGUUUUUAUUUUUGUUUUGUUUUUUAAUCAACCAAACCAUGACAUCAUCCUUACCUGAAUUAUCAAUACCAACACCAUUGUUUGUUGUCUUUUUACGUAAUCUGUGAUUUGUUUUGCAGCCGUCUAGUCAGAUAAAUUCCUCUACUCUCCGGCUGGUUGUGUUUCUACAAUUAUUGCUUAGAGUAGUACAGGACAUUAAUGGCAUAUCAGGCGUUUACAUUAAUGCCAUGUCAUGCUUUUACAUUAAUGUCAUCAUACUUUUGCAUGAAUUUCUUUGCAUUCAUUUAACAUACAUUCUCUUCAUUUUGCUACGCCUAGUACAUCCUAAUUUAAAGCAGCAAUAAGCAGUUUUAAAUGGGUACACUAACUAUCUUUGAAUGCAUGCAAGUAUUUUACUUACAUUUCCAUGGGAUCGUACAAUGUGGCCACAGAACUGCAGGGGGAAAUCAUCCGGGCAGCUAUUUGGAAUACCAGGUGUAUUUAUUUAUCCUUCUUAUGAUCAUGUACUGUCUAAUCUAAUUAGCUCUGCCAGAGACGCUUUCGGUUAUGGUUUUGUUUGUUAGUUUGUCUGUCAGGAGGAUUAUGCAAACACGCCAUGCUGAUUUUCAUGAAACUUGGGGACAAUUUGGGAGCGGAUCCAAAUUGCAGACCGUAAUAAUCAUAGAAGAGGACUUUUGUCCUUGGGAGAGGUGUUUUCUCUUCGUGUGCACCUUUAGUGGCAUUCAAAGAGGAUUCUGCAAAACUAGUUGCGUAUUAAAACAUGCCCCAAAAGCAUACAUUCCUGUCUGUUUAUUGUUUUAAAACAAUUCGAAAAUAUAGGAGAACUACAACAUAGAAGACAAUGCACAUGGAAACUCUCGGGGAUUUGCAUUAUGGGUACAGAGGAAUUUUGAUAAACCAAUUACAAUUCAUUUCACUUUGUUUAUCAGUUAAUAUAUGUGGCCUUUAUUUGCAACCUGAUUGUAUUGUGAGAAAAUAUUUCUAGUCAGUAAACAGAAGAAAAAUGUGUAAAGCCAUGAUGGCCUCUUUCAGAAUUAAUCUAGAAGAUGAACAUAGACCCAGACCUAUGUUCAUAUUCUUUCUAACUUAAAAUGUAUUUGUGGUCCAUUAUUGGAUUCGUUUUGUGAUGUAUUAUGUAUGGUAUUCUUUUUUGAUUGAGACCAGUAUAGAGGAACUACAGUACAUGUGCACAAAAGUAUUCAAAAUGGUCUUUUACCUUUGAUCCUCAGUAGUAAAAGAGUAGACGGGUCAUUCUGAAAUGGGUACCAUAUGAUCCAGAGCUUCUUGGAAGCUCAAGUCGCCGGUGGUGUGUACGUACAGUAAGAGAUACGCAAACUAGAAGCAAAGUGAGUUUCUAAAGAGGAUGUAGAUGACAUGAUCUGCAAGAAAAUACUUUUCUUAAGAGUACCACUAUUUUUUAACCAUUUUUCACAACUACGUGGCCAUUUCCGUGUGUCCAGGUUGACCGACAUUACAUUCACAUCUGAAAUAUUACCACGUAAAUGUUAUAUUUUGAAAACGGCAUAUUAGUGGAAAAGGCACCCGUUUCAUAGAAUGCCCCAGAUACAGACUAUACUUGAACAAAAUGCUGUAACAAAACAGCCCAAUUCUGAGAGUAACAUUUUCCAUUACAAAUUGUACUGUAGAAACUAAGCAGUGCAACCUACUAAUCAAGAGAAGAGAGGCCCUGCAAAUACAAAACACUGCUGUGUGGUUGGAGACAGAAACUCAUGAGACAACUAGACUUCAUUAUUGAGGAUUACCCAUCUGCACUUUAUGAGCAAAUUACAGUAUUGAAAUAUCACAUGUUAUGUGUCCAAUGUCCAUCCAUAUCAACAAAUAAAGUAAUAAAUGUGUUGUUGCCUUUUUAAAAUAAAGUUUGGGUCAAGUA